UAACUUCCUUCUGCAGCAAGUUAAGCAGCAGCAACACCAGCAGCAGACAAGAGUAGUCAUCUCUGCAUAUUUCGCGCCUUCUUUAAUUGAAUACUAUGCAAAAAAAGAGAAAAUUGUAAAAUCAUGUAUUUGUAAGCAGCAGCAAAACAACAAAAUCAAAUCAAAUCAAAUAAACGCUAGUUGUUGUUGUGUUUUAUUGUGCGUGUGUGAGCGUGCGCGCUCAAAUAAUAAAUUUGCAAGAGCAACACCGAUACACCGUCGUCGUAGUCGUUGCCGCCGCUGUCGUGAUUUGCCGCGUGGUCAGCUGCUCGUUGAACAAUCCACCAGUUAUAAUAAUAAUAAAGUGAAUCUAGACAAAAUGAAAUACAUUUUGGUAACAGGAGGUGUUAUCAGCGGUGUCGGCAAAGGAGUUAUCGCCUCCUCCUUUGGAACAUUGCUUAAGUCAUGUGGUUUGGAUGUGACAUCCAUUAAAAUUGAUCCCUACAUCAAUAUCGAUGCAGGCACAUUUUCACCUUACGAGCAUGGUGAAGUCUAUGUUCUGGAUGAUGGCGCUGAGGUUGAUCUGGAUUUGGGCAAUUACGAGCGCUUCCUCGAUGUGACACUGCAUCGGGACAACAACAUAACCACGGGCAAAAUCUACAGACUUGUCAUCGAGAAGGAACGCCGAGGCGACUAUCUUGGCAAAACUGUGCAGGUUGUGCCACACAUAACCGAUGCCAUCCAGGAAUGGGUGGAGAAUGUUGCCCAGACACCUGUGCAGGGAUCCUCGAAGCCGCAAGUUUGCAUCAUUGAGCUGGGCGGCACCAUUGGCGACAUUGAGGGCAUGCCCUUCGUGGAAGCCUUUCGGCAAUUUCAGUUCCGCGUGAAGCGCGAGAAUUUCUGCUUGGCUCAUGUGUCGCUGGUGCCGCUGCCCAAGGCCACCGGUGAGCCCAAGACAAAGCCCACUCAGAGCUCGGUGCGUGAGUUGCGUGGCUGUGGCUUGAGCCCUGAUUUGAUUGUUUGCCGCUCUGAGAAACCUAUUGGCUCGGAAGUUAAGCAGAAAAUCAGCAAUUUCUGUCAUGUGGAUCCGGAUCAGGUUAUAUGCAUACAUGAUCUAUACUCCAUCUACCAUGUACCACUGCUAAUGGAGCAGAAUGGCGUUAUCGAGUUCCUCAAUGAGCGUCUCCAGCUCAAUAUUGAUAUGAGCAAGCGAGCUAAAUGCUUGCAACAUUGGCGGGAUCUGGCGCGUCGUUCGGAGACUGUGCGUCGUGAGGUGAACAUCGCCAUAGUCGGAAAGUACACCAAGUUUACGGAUUCGUAUGCAUCAGUGGUCAAGGCCGUGCAACAUGCUGCACUUGCCGUCAAUCGUAAAGCGAACUUGAUCUUUAUCGAGUCGUGCCUCCUGGAGCAAGAGACACAACAGAAGGAACCUUCCAACUAUCACAAAGAGUGGCAGAAGCUCUGCGAAAGCGAUGGCAUCCUCGUGCCCGGCGGCUUUGGUUCACGUGGCAUGGAGGGAAAAAUACGGGCUUGUCAAUGGGCUCGAGAGAAUCGCAAACCUUUUCUGGGCAUCUGUCUGGGUCUGCAGGCGGCGGUCAUUGAGUUUGCACGCAAUGUUGUUGGCUUGCAGGAUGCCAACAGCACAGAGGUUAAUCCCGAAACAAAAAAUCCGUUGGUGAUUGAUAUGCCGGAGCAUCACAAGGGCCAAAUGGGCGGCACAAUGCGUCUGGGCAAGCGCACCACAAUCUUUACGGACAAGCCGAGCAUUAUACGACAGCUAUACGGCAAUCCCAAGUCAGUUGACGAACGUCACAGACAUCGUUAUGAGGUGAAUCCGCUAUACGUCGAUCAACUGGAGAAAUUGGGCUUGAACUUUGUCGGCACAGAUAUUGAGCAAAAUCGCAUGGAGGUGAUUGAGCUGCGCAAUCAUCCUUACUUUGUGGCCACACAAUAUCAUCCGGAAUACUUGUCGCGUCCUCUGAAACCCUCGCCACCCUUCUUGGGUUUGAUUUUGGCAUCGGAAGGUCGAUUGCAAUCCUACAUUGAUCGCGGUUGCCGGCUAUCGCCACGUCAACUGUCGGACGCAUCGUCCGAUGAGGAUGAUGUUGUCAAUGGCCUGACACGUGUCACAAAGAAAUUUGACGCCCUUAAACUUCCUGGCACUGAGGAGAAACCAUCGCAAUCGGGAAUUAAGACAAACGGUUACAAUGGCAGCGACAGUACAUCGGACAAUGAUUUAGGCGCAGCAACUGAUAGCGCCUGCGGUGGAGCCAUGAGCGAUGCCAGCGUUUAAAUUAAUUCAAUCCAAUUACACAGUGAUAAUGAUCCACUAUUUUAGAGUUAUUUUCUAAAAUUUGCUUAAUCUCCGCAAAUAUUCUUCAAGUUAGUAUACGAAUAAAAUAUUUUUGAAUUUUGAGAAAUUUGUUAAUUUGCCACAAAGCUAUUUCAACUAAAUACA